UGAGUGCGUUUGUGUGUGCGUGUGUGUGUGUGUUCGGCAUGAAGCGCCUGUGGGAGAUGCACUUCCCCCUGCUGAUCCUCCUCUACCUUUCGGGAGACGUCACCUCGCAGGUCAACCCAGGUGUAUGUCGGUAUCCUCUGGGCAUGUCGGGUGGACAGAUACAAGAUGAGGACAUCUCUGCUUCCAGCCAAUGGUCCGAGUCCACCGCUGCCAGAUAUGGCAGCUCUAACAUGUGCAUACACUCAUCAUAAUUUAAUCCCACACCCCCUCCCCCCCACCUCCUACCUCCCACCUCCCAGGUUGGAUUUUGAAGAGGGAGACGGUGCGUGGUGUCCAGAGAUAACAGUGGAGCCAGACAGUCUGAAAGAGUUCCUCCAAAUUGACCUGCGCUCACUCCACUUCAUCACCCUGGUGGGCACCCAGGGCCGCCACGCGGGGGGCAUCGGCAACGAGUUUGCCCAGAUGUACAAGAUCAAGUACAGCCGUGAUGGCAGCCGCUGGAUCUCGUGGAGAAACAGACAGGGCAAACAAGUAAUCGAGGGGAACAGGAAUGCCUAUGACAUAGUCCUGAAGGACCUGGAGCCGCCGAUCAUCGCCCGGUUUGUCCGGUUCAUGCCCGUUACAGACCAUUCCAUGAACGUCUGCAUGAGGGUGGAGCUCUAUGGCUGUGAAUGGCUGGACGGUCUUGUGUCCUACAAUGCUCCAGCAGGGGAACAGAUGAACUGGCCUGGUCUCCCUGUCUACCUCAAUGACUCUGUCUACGAUGGAGCUGUCAUUCACAGUAUGACCGAGGGCCUGGGCCAGUUGACCGAUGGGGUGUGUGGUCUGGAUGACUUUACACACAGUCAUGUCUACAACGUGUGGCCAGGAUAUGACUACGUGGGAUGGACAAACGAGAGUUUCCCCGAUGGAUAUGUCGAAAUCAUGUUUGAGUUUGACCGCAUACGCAACUUCACCACCAUGAAGGUCCACUCUAACAACAUGUUCUCACGGCAUGUCAAGGCCUUCCACCAGGUUGUGUGUUACUUCCGUUCCGAGACCGACUGGGAGACCUCACCCCUCUCUUUUAGUCCUGUGGUGGAUGAGAAGAACCCAAGCGCCCGGUUUGUCACAGUCAACUUGGCCAACCACAUGGCCAGUGCCAUCAAAUGCCAAUUCUAUUUCGCCGAUGCCUGGAUGAUGUUCAGCGAGAUCACCUUCCAGUCAGAUACUGCCAUGUACAACACAACACUGGCACCACCUAAAACUGGACCACCAACUAGCACACAACCAGGGGAUGACCCCACCCACAAAGUAGACGACAGCAACACCCGAAUUCUGAUCGGCUGUCUGGUUGCCAUUAUUUUCAUCCUUGUGGCCAUCAUUGUCAUUAUCCUGUGGCGGCAGGUGUGGCAGAAGAUGCUGGAGAAGGCCUCUCGUCGGAUGCUGGAUGAUGAACUAACUGCUAGUCUGUCAAUACAGAGCGAGACGUUCGCCUACAACCAUAACAACCAGUCGUCUGCAACCAGUGAGCUGGAGUCCAGCUCCACCUACGAGCGCAUCUUCCCACUGGGCCCAGACUACCAGGAGCCUUCACGGCUCAUAUGCAAGCUGCCUGAGUUUGCCCAGACCGCCGAGGAGCUUGCUUCCACUAGCACAGCUGCUUCAAAAUCCACUACGGCUACUGUAGUCCAAGAUGGUGCCCCUCACUACGCGGAGGCGGAUAUUGCUAACUUGCAGGGGGUGACAGGAAGCAACACGUAUGCCAUCCCUGCAGUAACCAUGGACCUGCUGUCAGGGAAGGAUGUCGCUGUGGAAGAGUUCCCGAGAAAACUACUCACCUUCAAAGAGAAGCUGGGAGAGGGCCAGUUUGGAGAGGUGCAUCUGUGUGAGGCCGAGGGCAUGCAGGACUUCAUGAAUGAGGAGUUCUCAUUUGAUGUCAGUGAGGACCAGCCAGUUUUAGUGGCUGUCAAGAUGCUGCGUGCUGAUGCCAACAAGAACGCAAGGAAUGACUUCUUGAAGGAGAUAAAGAUCAUGUCUCGUCUAAAGGACCCUAACAUCAUCCGUCUGCUGGCUGUGUGCAUCUAUAGCGACCCUCUCUGCAUGAUAACAGAGUACAUGGAGAAUGGAGACCUCAACCAGUUUCUGUCCCGCCACGAGCCUGAGGGACAGCUUGCUCUGCUCAGCAAUGCACCUACUGUCAGCUAUAGUAACCUGUGUUACAUGGCCACUCAAAUAGCAUCAGGGAUGAAGUACCUCUCCUCCCUAAAUUUUGUCCAUCGAGAUCUGGCCACACGAAACUGCCUGGUGGGCAAGAACUACACCAUUAAGAUAGCUGACUUUGGCAUGAGCAGAAACCUAUAUAGUGGUGACUACUACCGCAUCCAGGGCAGGGCUGUAUUGCCGAUACGUUGGAUGUCAUGGGAGAGCAUCCUGCUGGGUAAGUUCACCACAGCUAGUGAUGUGUGGGCCUUUGGGGUGACCCUGUGGGAGACACUGACCUUCUGCAAGGAGCAGCCCUAUUCUCAGCUCACUGAUGAGCAGGUGAUAGAGAAUACAGGAGAGUUCUUCAGGGACCAAAAAAGACAGAUCUACCUGCCUCAGCCUGUGCUGUGUCCAGACUCACUCUACAGGAUUAUGCUGAGCUGCUGGAGGAGGAACACCAAGGAGCGGCCCUCCUUCCAGGAAAUACAUCGAGCCCUACUGGAGAGCCAGCCUUAAGCCAGGGCAACGUUUAGGACAGUGAUUCCCAGUCCUCUCACCUUUUAAAAUAAACGGUGCAUGAAACAGUUUAGAUUACCCUGCUUUUAAAUACAAUCCAGGUUUAAGCUAUCUUUAUCUCUAGAGACAGGCUGGGACCCCACCUGUGGGAUUCAAGCUACCACUUGGGAAACACUGUUUUAUGGACCUACACACAACCAAGGUGGACAACCAGAGACACUUGGUGUGUGCCCUUAUGAGUUUGGCUAGCAUAGUCACAAUGGUUAAGAUGUUCUUUAGACAUACAGGUAUGCCAAACAGAUACACCUGCUCUAUUCUGCAUAAAGAAGUAGAAGAACCCCACCCACAAACCCACACACACACACACACACAUCCUCUCUCAUGUGCAUGUGUACACAUAGAGGCACACACACGCACACACAUUUACAUUGACGAUCAAGAAUAAUACCAUUGGUUGCGUUCUAUUUUGAAAAAUCUGAAGUAAAAAUGUAGCAAUUGACGUUUGGCACUUUUUAAAAGUAAUUUUUAUUUCAUUCUUAAAAUGAAUUAAAAGCUCCCCAUUUCUGUGUUUCAAGUAUUGAUGACCAUGGAAUGCAAUGUUGAUGGAUUGAAGAGCUUUCUUGUGUUUUCUUUUGGAAGACUGCUUGAAUGUACAGUAGAGGAAAUGAAGAUCGCAGCAAACCAUCACUGUUACAUUUAUUUUAAGUUUUUUUUUUCAUGUUUUUCAUCUCAGUCUCUUAGGUAAUAUCGAAGUAAUUUUCGAAUAGGCAAAUUAAUUUUGGUUGUCAAGUCACUCAUUGUAGUUUCUAUCUCAGCUUCCUAACAAUUUUUUUUUGACAGUGACAUUUGACCAUUGGUGUAUAUGACUGUUCAUUUUCAGUAGAUAUUUCUAAAUCUCAAAUAUCAGUAUUUUGUAUUAAUAUUUAUAUGUCAAUAUUUGUUUGUUUGGGUAAUAUUUUGUUGGUAUAUAUAUAUAUAUAUAUAUAUAUAUGUUUAUGUCAAGAUGCACUUCUUCCAAAGUCUGGAGUAUCAAAUUUCAUUCGAUGCAGUAGGUUAUAUUGCCUGAUCAUAUUUUGUGUCUUUACACACCAAACAAACGGCUUUAGAGGUGUCUUUUCCUUUCACUGCAGACUUGCACUGCCCAGUGCCUACCAUCAGACAGAAAGUCAUAGCAGCAGCACAAGCACACUCUUUCAUACUUAAAUCAGAGGUGCUUCUCAAGAAUCCAAGCUGGUUGUAGUUGUAUGCAACGAUGGAUCGGCUGCAUGUGUUCACUGUAUGUGCAAUAGGAAAGAUGCUACAGAGAAUGUUCUGGAUGUUGAAUCAUGGAUAAAACUGACUAUAAUUUGUCUCUGUCUCGAGAGAGAGAAAGGAUCUUUCAUAUUUGGAAGGUCAACGAAAUGGAUAUCUGCAACCUAAUUCAUGUGUUUGAUUGGGAUAGUGGAGAAGACUGUCAAAGACUGCUUGCGUAGUACUUAAAGGUUAUGACAUUGCUCCAAGGCAAGCAAUGCUUCUCCUGCAGGUUGUACUUACUGACAGACUGUUUGUGUUGUUUUGGGUUUUUUUGUUUUGUUUUGUUUUUUUUUGUCUGAGUAUUUGUAUGCUGGAUUCUUUUUGUCUUUGUAACCAUUUUCCUAAAACUGACAUAAUUAUGUGCAUGUUGUGUCUGUUGCCUAAAGCAGAUGUUGUUCUUCCAACAUUUUCAACAUAAGUUCAGCUGGAUAUGUUGGACCUUCCCAUCUUAUCAAUGAUCUUUUCCCCUUUCACCUUAUCCUUGAAAGCCAACUGCUCCUGGCAGCCUGAUGAACUGUGUUUUGUGACGUGGAGGUCACUGCCAUUUCCUGUUUCGCAAUCUGUGGAAAGCAUUCCUAUCUGAAUUUUCCUUAUGCUCCCUUGUUUUUCUUUUUACUCUGUGCAAAAUAUCUGUACAUAUAACUUAAAUAUGGCAAUUGGACAGGAAAUAAAUUUUUGUAUUUUAAACUGUCAACAGAAAUGAGGCAUGCAACGGUUUCAUACAGACAAAUGAACCGGUUUAUAGCAUUAAGCUCUUGUAUGGAUGCUUCACAACCAGUUCCACAUGAUUUGGUGACAGAUGUAUAGUUGUAAAAACGUUAUUGCGCCCCAACAUUUUGAUCAUUUGUUUAUUUUCAUUAGAUUGUUGUAAUCAAAUGUUUGUUUUCAAUGAGAUUGUUCUGGAAGUGUAAACAAAAGCUGAGCUGUACGCAACUGUAAGUUGUGAUGAACCAAAUGAAAAUAAAAUUUUAAAAAAAGU